UAUGCUUUGGAGCAGAAUGCAGCUGGAGCAGAUGGAAGCUUAUGGCGGGGUCUAAUGGCACAACUGAGGACGUGUCUUUCACUUAUCAGCAAAUCUUUAAGCUAGACAUUGAUGCUGGGCUCAGUACUAAAACUGCAGUGGCUGUGUUAACAUCUCUUUUCUUCUGUUUUGUAAACUGUGUGAUGCUCUUUGCUCUAAAAAGCAAGCACAUAUUCCAGGAGACGCCGCGCUACAUUCUUUUUGGCCACAUGCUUAUGAAUGACUCUGUGCUUUUGCUGGUCACAACUAUUAUGUACACAGUAGCUCUCUGUUUUCUUCCAAUACCUAAGUCCAUCUGCACUCUGUUAGUCUUUAUUUCUCACUGUACUUUCCGUAACGCUCCUCUAACACUAGCACUGAUGUCUCUGGAGCGGUACGUGGCGAUCUGCUUCCCUCUGAGGCACUGCAAUAUUGCCACACCAAAAAGGACUGGAAUCGCCAUAGGAAUCAUCUGGUUCCUUAGUUCUAUCAACUUUGUAACAGACAUUAUUUUUGUUUUAGUUGUUGACCCCAAUUAUUUAGCCAGUGUUAUAUUUUGCACAUUAGAAAAAUUGUUUUUUUUCAAAUGGCAGCUGGAUAAAUAUCAAGCUUUUGAUGUUCUUUAUUUUGUGUCUGUUGCAGUGAUCAUUAUUUUCACAUAUAUUAGCAUUAUGAUCACAGCCAGGUCUGUUUCCUCUGAUAAAGAUUCUGCUAAGAAAGCCCUCAAAACGGUGCUCUUGCACUUGAUUCAGCUGGGACUGUGUCUCACCUCUUUCCUGUAUACUAUAAUAGAAAGAACACUAUACAUGAUGACUGGAAGCAACUCUUUUCUCUUCAUAAAUCUGAGAUAUUUAAAUUAUCUUAUUGUUCUUAUUCUGCCGCGCUGUCUGAGUCCUCUGAUCUAUGGUAUGAGAGAUGAAGCCGUGUGGCCUUUAUUUAAAUAUUUCUUCUGCUAUCGUUCAGGCAAAAUAAAGCCCACUGUUAAUGUACAUUAA